UUCCCGCCACUUUGGGCCCAGUGCUUAAAGUGAGAGUGAUCAGGGUACGUAUUACGGAUAGUUGUGCUAUUCAGCGUUGAGCGCUUUACUGUGCCGACCAUUUCGAGGGAGGCCUUGUGCCACUCAUAGGCAUUACCGUGCGUCAAGGCAACGCAGUAGCCAUGGUGCGAACGAAGGCGGACGGUGCCAGCCGAGUUGUUGGUGCGAAGUCUUUCAGAAAAACUGUGAGCAGUCCCGCAGCUGCCUCCAGUUCCAGCUCGCCGACUUCUCGAAAGACCAAAGGAGAUAAGUAUGGCGGUGGCAAUGCCUACUGCCCACGGCCAACCCCACCCUGGCAGAAAGAAAUUUCAGGGUUCCUCGUGAAGACAAGUGCCUCUGAAGAUGAUCGAGAGCAGCCAUCUGAAGCGGCGACUAGUUCCGAUACAUUUGACAGCAGUGCAAGUGGCAGCUCAUCUUCAUAGUUGCUGCUGCCUCUCCUGAUCUUACUAUCAUGCUGCAAGUCAUAUCUCCUAUUUGCUGUAUAUAUAUGCGAAGAAUUGUGAAUAAAGAACACUUCAGACAUCUGCAA